GAAAAAGACAGUCUCAACUGAUCGCAGAACUACAGAUCGGUUCUCAGGUUCUUCGCUCGUAUUGAUUACUGUUCACUGACUGACUAGCUGCUUGGGUUAUGUCCUGGCUAAGUAGAGUUAAUAAAAGCCAGGAAUUUUACUUAUCUUGACUUUAAGGAUUGGCGACAGUUUCGAGAAUGUUGAUGUCAACGUGGAAUUUUCUGAAGCGCCACAAAAGGAAAUUUAUAUUUGCUGGGGUUUUCGCAGGUGGUGUAUAUCUUUUGGGCAAGUAUGCGCAGAAGAAAAUUAGAGAAAUACAGGAGCGGGAAGCGGCAGAGUACAUCGCCCAGGCACGCCGCCAGUUCCACUUUGAGAGUAAUCAGAGAACCUGCAACAUGACAGUACUGUCCAUGCUUCCCACUUUGAGAGAAGCUAUAAUACAUCAGCUUAACUCGGAGAGCUUAACAACACUACUAAGGAGCAAGCCUGCGAAUAAGCUAGAGAUCUGGGAGGACCUAAAAAUCAUCAGUUUCACGCGAAGCAUAGUAGCCGUUUACAGCAGCUGCAUGUUGGUGGUCCUGCUCCGCGUUCAGCUAAACAUAAUCGGCGGCUACUUGUACUUGGACAACUCCGUUAACAAGAACGGAACGACCCCCCAGGCGCCGCCUGACGUGCAGCAGCAGUACCUGUCCAGCAUACAGCACCUGUUAGGCGACGGUCUAAAUGAACUGAUGACUGUGGUGAAACAGGCUGUGCAGAACGUGCUGGGCGGGAUCUCCCUGAAACAAAGCCUCUCUCUGCAUGACCUUGAAGAUCACCUGCACCAAAUCAGAGCCCGUGUAGAGGAAGGGUAUGAAGGUUGGUCACAAAGACCUCUCUGUUGGUACAUGAUGCCCGAUGAGGAGACCACACUGGCAGCUCAGGCAUGUGGUCUAACUGAAAAGGAUGUUUCAACUAUAAAGCUCUUGAAUGAAACCAGGGACGUGCUGGAAAGCCCCGACUUCAAGACCGUCCUCGACACCUGCCUGAGUCGUGGCUUCAGUCGUUUCCUCGACAACCUGGCUGAAUUCUUCCGGCCUCACCAGUUGGACUCCAUGCAUGCCGGCACCCCCAACAGCCUCUCUCAUAUCCAGCUACCCCUCGCCAAGAUCAUCCCCAUUGUGAAUGGACAGAUACACUCAAUAUGCAGUGAAAUACCAAGUCAUUUUGUGCAGGAUCUUCUGAUGGUCGAUCAGCUGAAGGAGUUUUCUGCCAAUGUCUACGAAGCAUUUAGCCACCCGCAAGAACUUCAGAAAUGACCGGCCAGGACCAGGACGCCGCAGACACAUUCCCCUCAUGUCGACCCCUUUUGGGGUCUCCCAACGUGAACUCCCUUCCCAUAAUUCACUUGGAGUGGGGAGGUGAAGCACAUUCGAUUGCCUCAGGGAGUUCUCUCCUAACAAGAAGUUCCGGAACUGUCGGUCUUCAUUUCCAUACGUUCGGGUGUUGCAGUCCGACGUAGUGUUAUCAUGUCUCGGAAUUGCCCACUCCUGCGGAGGUUUGGAGAGCGGCAGGGCAGUGGUGCACGGAAUUUUGGGGAAUCCAUGUAAAACAUCGCAGUCAUUGUCCCUCCAUCCAUUUUUUUCCCCUCGAUGAGACGCAUCUUAGGACACUUCCUUGAUUUUGUAAAUCACAACCCCCUCACAGCUACCAGUCUAUGUCAUAACUGCAGUAAAUCAAGUUGCGUAUGUGACCCCACCUGCCCCAACUAAAGUAUGUGUACUGUACUGCCUUUGACAGAAUAGUUUGUGGUCUGUGCUGUCUGGGUAUCAGGUUAUAAGACUAAGCAAAGACAAUGUGUGACGACAUUGCCUGACAUUUAGACAGUUUCACAGUAGCUUGGGGGGGGGGGGGUUCCUUGGUACUCUACCUUUUAUUAUUUGAAUUCCCGUUUUAGCCUAAUGCAGUAAUGUUGGAAAUGUAGACGGGUUGUGUUAAAGAACAUGAAUAUUUUUAAUGAACACGCUGGUGGAGAAAGCAUCAAGAACAUCGUGGUUUUUAAGACUUGGUUUGGUUUACGUUACUUGGUCCGGUGUUUUUUUUUUUCUUUCUCCAUUCUUUUCAAUGAAUUCAUUACGGCAGUGACUGUAUCGCUAAUUCCUUUAUAUUAUUGAAUUCAAUAAACUGACCUAGACUGGA